GCACUGCAAGGUCAGAUUACUUAUGAUCGAUGCAUGAAUAUCGCGUGCGUGAGCGAGCCUCGACAGUACUGAGUAUGAGACUUUUGAGUGAGAUUGAGAGAGUCAUCAUCAGAAGCUGCAGUACGAGGCGCAACUGAUGUUGUUUUAUUCAUCAUCAGAUCAUAGACAUUACUCGAUGGUCUGCUUUAACUUUUAAGUUAGUGUUCUUGAUUUAUUGAUACACUCUCAUUGGCAUUGGAGCACAGAACUACAUGUACAGAGUGAAGACAUCGUUCAUAGACAACGGAACAGAUUUUUUUUCCAAAUAUUAUGUAAUGCCUGGGGGACUGUAGACAGAAGUGUGCACCCAUGGCUUGGUUGUCAGCCGUCACUCUCCUAGAGUGGGACAUUGUGGUCUUUUGGUGUAUGGUUGCCGCCUCCUUGCUUUUCUUGCUAGUGUUACUUGCCACCGUCUUUUUCCAGGAGGAUUACAAGUUAAAGUCCAGAAAAUUUCAACAACAACAAACAAAUCUACAGUUUCUCCUUGGGCAGAAGUUGUUACCUAUCGAGCCAAGCCUGGGAUGGCAGCUCGUUGGUGUCUGCAAUAACUUGAGAGUGUGGAUCAGGCAUCUACCUUUGCCGGGUCAGUGUAGCCAGACACUGCACGGAUGCUUUGCAACAGUGGAUGCCGAAGCUGAGGAUGUCCUUGCUGCGGUGCAGAACAUCACCAAACAGCGGGAAUGGGACCCCUCCAUCACCUGCAUAACCCAGUCUUCUCCUCCGAGGCUUUUGGAUGACGUAGACAUUGAGAAUCCGGUCAUGACGGAUAUGGUCUGCAUCAUGUCUUCCCCCUCUAAACUCUCUGAGCCUGUUCACAGUGGCCUGUUCGGACUGGACCUUCAUUAUUUCUGGAGGAUCCUGCCAUUCAGCCUAAAACUUGGAAUGAAGGUCGGAGAUGGGAUGCAAGAAAAAAGGGACAUCGUUGUCAACAGGACCUGGAGGGUUGAACGGGAUGGAACUUGCUGGAUGUUUAGCAAGAACGAAGACAGCAUCAAGGCUCCCUACACACCCUGGUGCUAUUUAUUGAUUCAGCCAAUACAGGAAGCAUUGGGAAGGAGAAGGAGUGUUCUUCACUUCAUCUGGAGUCCUUCACCAGAUGCUAGCAAAACAGCCACCGACUUUAGCCAGUGUCUUGCCAUGCGCGUGGCUGCCCUUCGCCAGUACAUCAAGCACACGCAGUUGAAGCUUCCUCCCCUCACACGCACAACCUUGCAGCAUGUGAGUGACUUGCUGCCGGUGUUUGUCGAAGAGGACAAUGAAGAUGAACUUGGCACUUUGCAAGAUGCAGUCAAGGAGAAACCAUGCCAAACUCAAGGCAAGAAGAGUUGGGACAGGGAAGGGGCCGAGCCAACUGAGGUGACAAACGUGAGAGUGAACGCUUCCAGCAGGUCGAAGCCGAAGCCUGCCCGCAAGAGCCCCUCGCCGUUAGGUAAGGUGAAGAAGGUGGCCCCCUUGCGGAGCAGGCGCCACCGAGGGAGGGCCAUGGGGGUUGGUGGCGGUCUAGGUGGUGGUGCCAUCGGUGGUGAAGGGUUGGGAGAAACGGGCUCAUCCUCCAGCGAAGACACAGGGUUCUCUGAUUGGAUGAGCAACAAGGGAAGCCUGGAGAGAGACAGCAAAGCCCCCACCGGGGCCAUAACCUCUGACCCAGGGGUCAUGACGGGAAUGAUUGAUUACAUGCUUGGUGAUGAAGAGCCGACAUCCCUGAAAGAUGGAUCCGAGGAGCUAUACACACUAGCCAAUCAGUGCUCUUCCGAGCUGUUGGCCCAGUCCAAUCAGGUGACAGGGAUCAAUGUCAACACCAGUGUGGCCGAGCAGAAGGCCCAGACUGGAGGCUGGUUCUUUCACUCACUUGCCAAAGAAGUUGUGAUACUUCAGAAGAAUCCUGUCCAGGGAAAGUAUCAUUGCUUCCUUGGGAAAGGUGUAAUCCGUGCGCGUCCAGAAGACGUCUUCAAAGCAGUUAAGAAUCCACGGACCCGGUUCAUCUUUGACAACAUGCUGAAGAAAAUGGACAUCAUAAAGGAACUCAGUGACAGUGUACAAAUAGUCCAUGCAGUCCAUGAGGUCCCUCAGCUUUUGAGGAAGGAAUCUAGGGAUUUCUGCCUGCUUCAAAGCAGCAAAAUUGAGGGUUCGUCACACAUUGUCUCCUUCACGUCAGCAAAUGUAGCAGAGUGCCCUCCCUCAGAGGCCAUCCCUAGAGCCCACGUUCUACCUAGUGGUUGGGUCAUCGAACCCAUUGUUGACAACAGAGGGUCUAAGUUCUCCAUGGUUACAUACAUAGCACAGGUCUGCAUAGGUGGCAAGGGUGUACCAGCUAGCUUCAUUCAUUUCCUCUCCAGACGUGUUCCCCUCAGCGUGGCAUAUCUUCGCCUCUUUGUUGAAGCAGAGAACAUGUAGGAGGAUUUCAAGACUUCGGCCCCCUCAUGCAUAGCAAGUCUUGUGUUUAUGUCUUCAAAGUAUUUAGUCGAUGUUUGUGCUUUUGCCAGUGACCACAUAUAGCUGAAAUCAUUUUUCUGUAAGGCUCAUCUUUUGGCCAAUUAAUGCACGGCCACCAAUUCAAUUUUUGUGCCUGUCUCAUAGUACUGAGGAUUUACUGACCAUUUUUUUUCUUUAAUCAGUAUCCAUCACUCACUUAGUGUGGCUGAAAUUUUUUUUUUCCUUUUCUACCUGUUGUGCUGAUAGUUUUCAUGGAAAAUGUUUGCACUGAAACCUCAUUUCAGCUAAUACAGGAAAAUGGACCUUUUACAAUAGCCCUCAGCAAGGCUGGAAACUUAAUGAACCUUUUGUCUCUUACCCCCUCCGCUAAAAACUUUCCAAAAUACUGUUGGUGGAUUUACAGUAGGGUGAGUUUAUAAAGAAGAAAGUACACAGAAUGAGAUUGUUAAACACCUUACAAAAUAGUGCUCGUUUUUCUUGCUGAGUGUAGCAGCCAGACAAAAGAAUGCUGAAAAUUGUAGGGUGCAGCGGUACACUUUAAAACUAUUUUUUAUUUCAUGACCGGAAAUAAAGGCAGGCCUGCGCCUGAUGUUAGUGGUUCUGGCUUUCACACCAUUGUUUAUUCAUGAGUGGCAGGCAAGGGUUUUCAAACCAUACACAAGCUGUACACUUUUUCAGUGAAUGAAAUAUACAGGAAAGAGGCUGCCCAUUCUGAAAUAUAGAAUAAGCGCCCUGGCCACUGUAGCUUGCAAGGUUGAAGAAACCUGUCAAGGGGAGACACUGAGAAGCAGUUACAGUUUUACAGGUGGGAGGAAAACCCCAGAAAAAUAUUUUGGGUAACAACCCACAGCAUCAGGUAGGGACCGAAAACAAAAUUCACCUGUGGACCUAGCUGAGCAUAAAUCCUGGACCCACAGAGGUGAAAUGCGAGGAGAGAUCCACUUCACCAAGCUGACUACCACUGCAUUAGUAGCAGAUACUGUUAGGUUAACAGAUCAUAUUCAUGACUUAACUCUCUCAGACCUGGAUCCCUGACACUUAAUUUUGCCAUGGACGAUUUGUCAGAAUAGAUGAUGAUAAGCCACCAUUUCACCUCAUUCGUACCCACGUCUACAUUAAAUGGGACCUUGGAGAGGUUAAGACCAAAAAGUGUCAUCAGUUUCCUGCAUAGUGGAGGAUCCAGAGGUACUGGAGAAGGAUCCAAGCAAAAAUCUUUGGAAGAUGUGGUGAAUGUGUGUUGUGUAUAAAAUCUAGCAUUGGCAUGUUACAAAGUAACAUGAGAGCAUUAGAAUGGUACAUGGUAACCAACUAACAUAGGAGCAUUAGAAUGGUACAUGGUAACCAACUAACAUAGGAGCAUUAGAAUGGUACAACAUUAUUUUGGAAAAUUCUUUGAAGUUAUUUAGUUUUAGAUGGAGUUGUCAUUGAAAGUGCAUACACUAAUGACAAAAUGAAAGUUUAGUCGGCAGGAUUUGGACAUAAAUUUAUUCUCAUCGUAUUUCUGGUAACAUUUACUUUUUAAUCUAUCGGGAAAUGCUAUGGUGCUUAUUUAUAUUUUGAUUGCAAGAAAUCACUAUGCCAAUUUUUAUGUGCAGUUUCUAACUAAUUUGAGUGAGCCUUUGUUUUGUUCAAGUGAAUGUGUGAUAUCAAAUGGCUUGUUUUUCCUUAUUUCUAAAGCCACGCUUAAUUUGACUGAGGGAAGAACUCUGAGUAAAUAAGAAACUAACCUUGAUAGCUUCUUGUCUGACUAGAAAUUAGUGCCAAUUAUAUGAUUUAAUUAUAAUUGAAAAAGCAAAAUGAUAUCUUGCUAUGGAAGUUUGGUGUUCUAAUUUCUGAGGGGAAACCCUCCAACCAACAUAUUCUUGUGAUUUCAUAAAUUUUCUAAGACUGAAAAAUUUCUGAGAAUUUGCAGAAACAAUUGUAAUGGCCAGUAUUUGUCAAGGAUGGGAGGUGUCCCAAAACAGACUGAUACAUAUACAUGUACAUGUAUAUAGCUGUAAAAUUUAUGUCCCCCAAAAGUUGUGAAUCUUAGUUGACAUAAAAAAAUCUAAAGCUUAGCAUGCAUUGAGCUGGUCUUGGAAUGCAGUUGUAGAAUUAUCUGGGCACCCGAAAAUUUGAGGCUGUCACUGACAGGGCUAACAGGUUGCACAUUUUGUAGUUUUCAGGCUCAUUUAUGGGGGGGGGGUGUCAAUGGUGUACCAUCCUUACAUACCUAGUAUGGACUCAUUAAUAAACGAUGUCAACACGAUGCAGGGAGGAAAGAUAUUCUGUGGACUUACCCAUGUCCAAAGAACAUUUCCCCAUCUCACAACAAGAUUGUAAGAGGCAUUUGGGGGUUAGGGUUAAACCGCUAAGUCGCAAAAGGAAAAGGAGCAUUCGGAGAAACCUUACAAAAGAAACCCAGCUUCAAAUGGUCUCCAUGGUUACAGAAAACUGGGCAUGCAUGAAAACAGGAAUUUCCACUCUGGGUAUAUAACAUAAACCUGUGUGUGUGCAUGAAUCCUGCUCCCAAGUACGAUAUCUUCUCAUUGUAAUUGCUACAUUUGUCUGCAAAACAGCUUUAAUCAAACCGGUGCUGAAAUACUUUUUUUUUUGUCAGUCAAGCAUUCUGGUUUCUUUGGACUGCUGGAAAGCUUUUACUGAUUGAUGUAAAUGUGCAGUUUGGAUUAGGAAGCAGCUGAAUGAAAACAUAUUGAGAGAUCUCUAAACCUACUUGUGUAAUAGAAUAUUUUUAAUCCUUGAUUGUAAAGUCUAAAUUUAUGCCUUUUUUAUCCUACUUUUUAAGAGCAGGUUUAUGUAAAUUGAAAGCAGAUUAGUUGUGUGCUUUGCAAAAAGUGAGCAAAUUCAAGCAAAUUGUGAGUCACCGCGGGACAGAUAAAUACACUUACUGAAUAAGAAUACAUGUAAUUGCAACUUUGUACAAAAGAGUUAUUGUCUUUUUAAUCUCAGUGCCAGUUAUGUUACAUAAUCUUACUGUAAACAAAAAGCUAAUGAGAAUAUAAUGUAUACGGACAGUGGGAGGCGACCAUGAAGUUACGUUUAAUAUGAGAAGUAUUUUGGAGUAAAGAUGGUGCAUGCGUUUUAAUCAGUGUAAAAUUAUUGCAUUCAAUUCCAUGUGAAGACACAAGAGAAAGACAAAGAGCUUUUAAAUUAUCUUCUUCAAUUUUGGCGAUGCCUUGUCCAGAGAUUUGGUGUGUUGGAAGGUACAUAAGGGAGUUGGGUGUUCUGUGGGUCGUCAGGGAGCUGUCGAUGGAAUUCUUUGUUGUUGAAGAGAUCUAUAUUUGAAAAGUUGGAUUUGCACUUUGCAAACAAAAUUUCAUACUCUUUAGUGUUGUACUUUCUGUGAGCUUAUGGGAGAAGCAUCACAAGCUGGCUCAGGUUUAGGACUUUAACGCACAAUAUCUGGCUUUAACUACUUGAUGUUGGAUGCUGUGUAAACACACAAUUUUUCUGAUAUGUUCCACGGAGGACGUGUACAUUCAUUCUAGAAUUCCUUUUUCAUGUCUGCAGUUGCAAUUUUUAAGAAUUUGCAGGGGAAAAAAUGCCGCAGCUGCUUUUUCGAGUGAGAAAAUCCGACAUUAACUGGUGGAAUUUAACUGACCCCCCACCCCUCCAAAAAAAUCAGCGAGAACGAGGCAAUAGUCACAAGAAACUUUGCUUGUACAUCCCUAUUUGAAGGUUUGAUCAAGGCCUCAUCCGUUUUUGUGGAAAGAGACUGAGCUAGUUUGGUAUUUCAAAAAGCAAUGUUAUUGAAGAAAAAAGCAUGAGACAUCACACCAGGUUAACCCUAAAACAGCUGGAAGGGGGGGGGGGAAUCCGCCGACCUCACAGGUGCAUGUUGAUGUUCUGCAGUGACCUUUGGUUUAGGCAUGUGCUGUUGAAAUACAUUACUAGCUCAUUCCUAAACCUGUGAAAGCCCAAUUAUUUGCAAACUCUGUCUUGACUGUUCACAUAAAUUGACUUGAUGGAGUUUCAAGGACACAAGGGGUGAGAAAAAAGAUAUUGACAGGGAAUAAUAAAUUAACAAUACGGGACCUCAGAAGCUCGCAUUACAUUUUAGAGGCCAGGAAGUCUUAAGAUAUUUGUGUUUCCUUAGUAACUGUAACUUGAGUGCAUGAAAAGACAUUAUUAAUACAUUUGAAAAAAUGUGUAGGUUGCAGAAAUGAAGUUAUGGGUGAGACAGGUGUUUUAGUGCAACAAGGGUGGGGUGGAUUGGCAGGGUAAGAGUUGUAAUUGGGUACGCCCCACCCGUCCAGCCCCACUCCUCCAAAUAAUGACUUUGUCAACUCACCAAAAAGAGAAAUUUUCCAGGUUUUUUUGUUUUAAUGUAGUACUUUUUUAGUUGGUUAACCUCUUCCCUGUGGAAAGGGCUGUAGUGUAGAGUCACACUCAGUGUGCAAUGCAGCAGAACGUAAGCAGAAUUAAAACUGUAUUUAGAGUUUUGACGAGUCCAAAAGUGGUAAAACUACUAAUUAUAUUAUGUUUUGCUGAAAUAAAAUUUGUGUCCCCUGGAAACAUGUCCUUUAAAGUGCUUUAAAACUCUGAGAGUACCUCAGUUCAGUAACAGUAACACUUACCUAGAGUUGCUAAGUCUUCCUCCGAAGUUUGGGGAUGAAAUAAAUGUCUUUGUAUGAACAUUCGUUUACAGCAUA